AUGGCAAUCUUACCCGAGAAAUAUGCGUGCCUCUUCAUCGGUAUGUGGUGUAAAAAGCCGAAAAUUCUCUCCCUUUAGUUUGUGAACCGCUAGAUCUUGAUAAACUUAAUUUUCCGCUUGCAAUACUCAAACAUGUGUUCCCUGCGAGGCUUAUUUUCUUCCUCGGAUACCUUUGUCUGUGUUGUUUUGCGUCAGUGAAAGAGCGAAUUUGAAAUGAUUUUACCUUUCUUUCAUACUUGGGCUACUUUUUCGAUUUUUAGGUGCGUAACUAAGGGUGCGCCUUUAUCGAAUAUUGUGAAACAUUUUUGACUCGUGAGAAAUUUUUUAAAAGGUCUUCAUUUUUCUUUGCGUUGUCUUAGUUUCGGAUGCCUCUCGUAUUUUAAGUAGAAUUUAGGAGGAUCUUCAGCCAAAGGGCAAAGUGUUUUGGCUCUGCUGAACGGUUGAGUAAUUUUGGGAUUGGGGACAGGGAAUGGGGAAUUCGGAAUUUAUAAUCUUUGAAACUUUUGGGUCUCCUCCUAAAGUCUGCAGAACUGCAUAUUAGUGUCGGGAAUCAACUGUGAUUUCAUAAUCAAUCAUCAGAAAUUGAAAUAAUCGGAUAAUUAUUGACCACUGAUCAAUCAUCAAUGAUAUGAUCAGAAAAUCUCUUUACAAGAAUUCCAUUUUUUUUUACUUUGUGCAAGUCAAAGUCCAUGCAUAAAUACAAACUUGGCUUACAGGUGAUCAAAUUCUCUUUCUUUCUUAAGAGACCAUUAGAAAGGAGCAACCACCCAUUUUGGCUGAAUUGCAGUUAAUUUAUCAAAAUUAGUGGCACUCGUUAGAGAAUACUGUAUUUAAUUAUUACUGUGACUGUGGUGUACUAUUUACUGCUUUCCUAUUCACUAGAUGCUUCUUGGAGGGAUCUUUUAACAGCUUAUAGCUUUUCAACAACCAGUGCUCAAGUAAGGAGACAACUUCAAAGGAAAAUAGAAGAAUUGUUUGGUGGAUCUGAACAAUGGCUUGUCUGCUUAUCAAUCCGAACUGCUUUGGAUGCGUUUCUUGCCGUCAUGAGGUUUCCAGUCGGCUCAGAAGUAAUCUUUACGGCGAUAAAUAUUCCAGACAUGGUGUCAGUUGUCGAACGUCAUGGACUAAAGGUUGUACCAGUUGAUCUAGAUCUCGAUACAUUAGCACCAAAGCCUGAACUGGUCGAGCUGGCUGUAACAGACAAAACUGUCGCCAUUUUGGCAGCGCACCUUUAUGGCAAAUGGAUCAAUCUGGAGAAGGUUUUUCAAGUUGCUCAUGAUCAUGGUUUGUACGUUUUGGAAGACUGUGCCGAGUGCUUCCAGGGAUUGAAAAGAAAAGGUCAUCAACUCUCUGACGUGUCUUUUUUUAGUUUUGGUUCAAUAAAGCACUACACAUCUUUCGGAGGAGCAGUUGUGGGCGUAAAAAACCCUGAAAUCCUCCAAAAAAUGCGUUCAAAAGUGGAGGAAUAUCCCAUUCAAGAUCAGUGGACUUACUUCAAGAAACUUGUCUGCUACUCUUUGCUAAUGAUGGGCGGAUUCAAUAACUCCCUUUUCAACUGGUUCUUUAUCAAUACCUUUCAUAUGCUUGGAUUUAAGUAUAAAGAGUACUUCAUCUCAGUUUUGCGAGCUUUCCCUGGUGGGGUAACUAUUGAUAAACUUCGUCUACAACCAUCUGCCAUGCUACUGAGGUUUAUGCUAUACCGACUGAGACAUAUCAGUGAAAAAGAUUUCCGUACUACCAAGUUGAAGGGUGAUUUUGUAAGCCAGAAUCUGCCAAAGAAUGUGUUUGUUCCUGGGAAGAAGGCAGACAUAACUAGCUAUUGGCUUUUCCCUCUUGUUGUGGUAAGUUGAAAUAUUUUUGAUUUUAGUUUAUGUCAUUUGUCAAGGCUGCACUUUAUUGUAUGCGGCCUGAAAGCUCUGAACCUUGAAAUCCAGGGUGACCACAAAAUGUGAAAUAAAAUAUUAAAAAAUAAUGAUGUAAAUUACAUAAGGGGAAGAAUUAGAGGUAUUUUUCUGGUGAGGAAGUUUAAAUUGAAACCAAUUAAAAUAAAUAAGCGGCAAAAUCAUUUUUUAAAUAUAUUUAAGAUUAAAAGCAAGAAAAACAAAACACACUAAACAGAAAAAAGCAUCAAAAAGGAAGUAUUAUUUGCUAGUGGUGAAUCAGCAAGUAAAGUAUGCUUUAAGUGACCAAGGCUACUGGGUACUGUUACUGCAUACAGCACGGCCCUGAUUGUCUUUUGAAGUUCAUGGGUAUUUUUUUAAAUUAUUUUUAUAUUUUUAUAUUUUUUAUUUUUAUUGACAACAAAUUAACAACAUUAAUACACAGCAAAAAGUAAAAGAAUAAAUAAAUUAAUAAAUAUGUCAAGUAACAAAACAAAUUACAAUAAAAAUAAAAGGUAUUGAAGGAUAAAAAAAAAAACCUGUCAGUUGCCACACAUAUUUAAUAUUGUUUGCGACAAUUUUGAAUGCGAUGUUGUUCAAAAACCUUGCAUAAGAAUUCCUCUAAAUUAGGUUUCGUUACAAUGUUCUUGCAAGUAUACAAGUAUUUCUUUUGCAGUAAAACCAAUCGCCAAAGUUUGCAUUGGAAGGGAGUCAUCGAAAAAAAAACUAGCUUGUUUGAAAGUUGUACAUUCUCUUUAUGAUAUUCAUUAAACCACCUUAAAGUUUUGGAAAAGAAUUCCUCUGACUCUUGACAAUAUAAAAAAGGUGUGUUCAAUUGAAUCUGGAUUAAGGCAGAAUGGACAUUUAUCAUCUGAGGCUAAUUUAUAUUUCAGUAGUUCUUUCUUUGUCGUGAUGAUUCUGUGCACAACCUUAAAAGUGAAUUGGUUAAGCUUAUUAUCUUUCGAGGAAAGUUCAUGGGUAUAAAAAAUUUAAAAGCAUCUAAGUAUCUAGAAAGCAUUAAGCAUUUUUAUAUCCAGGGCUGUCACUGAGGACCUGUGGCCGAGGGUUUUGUCCCCUUCUCUGAGCAUGUCCCAUGUGGGCCUUGGUCACUUCACAGGCAGCGUGCAAAGGCUAGUGGAUUUUGCUAUUGGGCUAGUGAAUUCUGUUCUUAACUUGUCCAAUGGGAAAGUGAAGUUUUUUCAGGAAUUCAAAUUACAUAAGAACUGUGUAAUCAAUCCUGCUUAUCAAAGAGUUUUUGGGGCUUGUUGAGAUGAAUUUUGGGCUAGUACAUGCCAGCUACAGCUUUCCUGAAUGGCAAGCUGUAAAACUGACAUUCUUUGCACCCUUAUAGGAAACUAAAGGAAAAAAGAAACGAAAGAAAUUCCUAGCUGUGCAAUAGCUAGAAAUGAAACAUCAUGAAAAAAAAAUUUAAUCAUGAAAUAGAAAAUGCGGCAGAAGAGGGUAGUCUGUGUCUAAAAUCAGAAUUAUUUUUUUGCAGGAUAAUCCAGAUGAGGUGGUAAGGGAACUUGAAAAAGAAGGUGUAGAAGCUUACAGGGGUGCAACCCAACUCUCCACUGUUUUCAGAACAAAAGAGGUUGGACAAAGAGAAGAUGCCAAGAAAGAAGAGAGCAGUGUAGAUGCUGAACUUCAUCUUGCUAAUUUGCUCCCUGAAACAAGCGCUGUUACAGCCUUGAAUAUGUCUUCUGCAUCAGAUUUACCAAAACCAAGUGGGACACUAAGGUCGUCAAAUAUGACAUCUGCGCAGUUUAUGUGUUCUCCGCCCUCAGCCAGUGGCACGGGAACAAGCAGUUCCCUUAGCAGAGUAAAGGAUGAUGUUUUGUUUCCUCACAAUGCUAAGUACCUGAUAGAUCAUGUUGUGUACUUGCCUGUUCAUAAGAGGGUUUCUUUCUGGUACCUUGAGCACAUUUGCCGCGCUGUGGAGAAUGUGAUGCGAAAGAGGAAAGGAGUGAAAAUUGCUGAUACCAAAAAUGUCCUUUUUCAGUCAAAGUUGUAG